AUGGCCGGGUCUAGCAAGAAAUCCGCAACCAAAGGUGAAUCAACUCCUGCUUUGAUUAAGGCCACCAAGUCUGUGAAAAAGUCCAAGAGGAAGCAGGAAGAUGAUUCAAAGAGGCCAAAGAAAGACGUAACGAUUGCUCCUCUCAAGAAGAAGAAAUCUGGGAGGAAGAAGAUCAUGAAGGAAAUCGUUGAUCGUCUUCAAAGGCUCGAAGCUAAGAUGGAUUUGCUGGCAACAAAGGCGGAUCUAGAGGCGAUUUUGAUCUCAGCCAAGGGUGAGAAAGUUCCUGCCAUAAAGCCUCCUGCUAAGGCUGCGUCUGACAGCGAGGACUCAUCAUACAUGGACACUUCUUCAGAUGAACAAGUUACUGUAUCCAAGAAUCCACAUGCAGCUGCUAAAAAGGUCUCUGUAAAGGCCAAAACAGAGAACAGUUCGUCUCAGGAUGAUUCAUCUUCUGAUGAGGAACCUGUAAAUAAUCCUGCUGCGUUUACCAAACCAGCUGCUAAACAUUCUCCAUCCUCAAUUGGUGACAAUCCUCAAACGAUCUCUGUUACAGGAUUUGACCCUUCGAUCCAUGUGGAUGAUGUCAACAUCAUAUUGAGUAGAUAUUUCAGUUCUUUUGGGGAGAUCACACGCGUAUUUGUUCCCGCAGACGGUGACACCGAUGCUUCCUUAGGAUAUGCUUACAUUGAUCUGAAACAAGGAGCAGACAAGGCGUUGAAAAUUGCCAGACAUGACGUGGGAGGAUGGAAUCUUGUAGUUGGUACGGCUGAACCAAUACAAAGUGGUAGUUGGCUUUUUAACGGCCGUUGUGGCUCUCGUGGCUUCUGUGGGUACUGUUGAGGUUAUGGUGGCGGAGGAAGAGACUGCUCCUGGAAGAGGACGCUCUAUGGUGUUUUUAACUUGUGAGACUAUGCAACAUUUUUUUUAUAUAAUUACUUCUAGUUAAGCUUUUGUCCGUAUUUUAAAAGUAGACUCACUCCUGAGUUUUUUUUUGGUGUUACUGUGUCCAAGAAGAACCGCAAUUUUUAGUUUCCUUUCAUUA